AUGACAGGCCGGAGCCUCCUCCUCCUGGUGGCCCUCCUGGCUUUGGGGAGCCAGUUGCCUGCUGCCUCUGGCAGAAGGAAGAAAGAGAAGGCGGGGGGCUGCCCCCCGGAUGAGGAGCCCUGCCUCCUGUCGGUGCCCGACCAGUGCGCGGACGACAGCCAGUGCCCCUCCGGCAUGAAGUGCUGCUCCCGGGCCUGCUUCCGCCAGUGCCUGCGCAAGGUUGCCGGUGACGCCGACUGCCCGGGGAGCAAGCGGUGCUGCCGCACGGCCUGUGGCCGCGACUGCCGCAGCCCCCGCCGAGGAUGGGGCUCCCGGCAGGAUGACAUGAUCGUGGGGGGCCUGGGACCCUGCUUCCAGGCAGCACCAGCUCUGCCUGCGGUGAUUCGGCCUCCUGAUAAGCGCUGA